CCCUUCUCUGCUCAGCUCUGUGCCUGGGAGCCUGACCUCUACAGACUACAUCACCAGGCUUCCGCCCUCUGGCUUCCACAUGGAUUUGGCCAAUGGGCAUCACCAGUGGGAAAGGGGAGGACAGGAGGAGAGACAGGCUGAGGAAACCCUAAUAACAUCGAGAAAACACCAGAUCAAGUCAUCUCCAGGCCUCCCUCUUCCUGUGCCCCUGGCAUACAGUGACAGUGCUGCCCUGCAGGAUGGCAUAUCAGAGAGCUCAGGAUGGAUGCAGUCCAGGACGACAGCCCAUGUCCAAGAAGGCUGCCUGCUGAACGUUUGCCCAGCAGAAGAUUUUAGAAAGAAAGGAAACAUCUUAGAGAUUUUCUUGCCUCCAGAAGAUUCCCUGAUCCAAUCUUUCCUUGGCACAAACUUUUAGUUAUUGUGUUUACAUAUACAUUUUAUAUAUGCAUGGUCAUUAUUUUAUCUGUUUUAUUUGGGGACUUUAUCUUGAUGUGAGCCCUCAUACCUAACACACUGCAAUAUAAAUUAUGUAAUUAUGUGCUUUUUUUGUUGUUGUU